CAAAUUCUGCCGAAAAAAUGGGACCCAACUCUCAACUUGAACACAGGCCGAACCGAAGCCGAACAACUCUCUCUGCCACUCACCUUUCCCACGAGCGCCAAACCAUUCCGCUGGAAAAACACUGCCCCUCUAGAAUACACCGGCGUCGUUGGGCCCCACCUCGUAACCCUCAAACACCUCCAAAACGGCGACGUUUGCUACUGCCUCCACUCCCACUCUCACCCCGAAAAAGCCGAAACCGCCUUGCUAGAUUUUAAUGCCGCCGUUUCUCUCGCCGGCUUAUGGAAGGCGUUUUCCGCUUCCGAUGCGAGGUUCGCGGCGCUAGCGCGCCACUUGAGCGGUGCGAGGGUGCUCCGGCAAGACCCUUUCGAGUGUUUGAUUCAGUUUCUGUGCUCUUCCAAUAACAACAUUGCACGAAUCACGAAGAUGGUUGACCACGUGUCGUCCCUUGGAGUGCACGUGGGAGACGUUGGAGGGUUUCAGUUUCACGUUUUCCCUUCUUUGGAGCAACUUUCCUCCGUCUCAGAGCAACAACUCAGAGACGCGGGUUUCGGUUACAGGUUCAUCAGUUACUAACCCUAACUACUCUUAUGCAUGCAUUCAAUUGCAAUGCCCAAAUAUGUUGGUGAUGUUAUUGGCGUGUGCCAGAGCUAACCCAGAUGUAAAUAUAUAAUUGGAACGGGUUAAUGCCACCUUUGCCCGAUCAAAACUGGUGCGAGGGGAAGAGUGGCUUCGUUCUAUGCCUGCCCUAAGUUGGAUCUUCAGAUGUUAGAUCUGCACACUUUCUACUUGUUAAACUGCGUGUGGGCCCAUAAAGUGGCUGCUUGAAGUUGCUCU